GUGGUGAUUAAGGCAAGAUGCGGUGGACGGUUCUGUGUCUAGUGACGUAUUACCUUGCCAGUCAUGCUAAUGCUCAACAAACAUUGAAGACCAUCAAGUUCCUCACUAACAUCGGGGCCACCGUGGACAUUAAUCUCAGCAACACAGGGACCUCGGGAACAUGUCGGCUAAAACAGCCCAACGGUCUAGAGGUCGACCUAGCCUCCCUCAACGUGGUCGGGGUUACAGUUCAGCCAAGCAGCAAAUUUGUGUCAUGUCGAGUCACCAUUGGGCCAAUGACAGCAGCGCUUCUUGGCAGUUGGGAAUUGAUUGAGAAUUCAGGACUUACUUCCCGCAUUCAACCCGCUACUAUUGCUUGGGCUGAUACCGCAAAUCCAACAGCGACAGCACGACAAAGAGUCUUAAGUGGCGAACAACACUACAAAGUAGAUUUAGGUGGUUUAGUCGUCGCAAACCUUCGCCGAGAAACCGGUGUUUUCGAAGGCUGCUUCAUCACAGCCCCUGAUGGCACCACCAUGCCCUUGUCGGAAACUACUGACUAUCCUGGCAUUGAGUGGACUUUAAGAUCCAAUUCCGUGACAAUUUGUCACGUGCAGCUGAGUCCUAUUGACGCGGACAUGGUCGGGGCAUGGAUGAUGAGGGGUUGGUUCGUCCAUGACGGGCUUUUGAUCGAGGCGCAACAACCAGUUGUUGUUCACGAGGAAGAUGGAAUCGAGUAUUUACCCGCGUUGGAAUAUCUGACCCACACUGGAAACACUUACGAUAUCAGCUUGAAUCUAACGGUCAACCUCGCCACUUGCGUAUUAAUCGAUCCUGCUGGCACAGAACACACGCUUAGUGCAGCUUCCAGCAUCCCAGGAGUCACGGUCUACAACGCCGACCGAUAUGUCAUAUGCCGCGUCCGUAUAGGACCCAUGGAACAGAGUUUGAUAGGGGAAUGGACGUUGGUUCAGCAGAACACUGAUAAUACUCAGCGUCGGCAACAUGUAAUUUUUCAAUGGGCAAAUCCUUCCAAUCCGGAUGAAGAAUCCUGGUUUGUGGUGCAAGAUGUUCCAAGGCAAAGUUUUGCAACCUCUGGAUCCACUACAGAGAUAUUUAUAGGAAGAAACGAAGGCUUUUUUGAGUUUUGCUACAUCACCACUCCUACCGGAUUACAUUUGCCUAUGUACGGAAGGAACUAUCCGGGAAUACAACACGUAUUAUCCAAUAGAGUAUCAUCGUGCGUUGUUGAACUAGGCCCCUUAAAUGCUGAAAUGUGGGGUGACUGGACCUUACACGCAAGACACGAUGUUAACGGAAGACCCAUCGAAUUGGCGCAAGUUUUUCAUGUUACCCAGGACACCGGCGUCAGAACACUGCCACGUAUGCGGCAAUGGACAAACAUAGGAGCCACAGUGGAUAUUAAUUUGAACCAAACUGGAGUGGCAUCGACUUGCCGACUCCAGGCACCAAGUGGAAUUGAAUAUGCCAUAACGCCCGGGGCGACACCUUUAGCCGGCGUCACCGUCCACAGCAGCUCUAGUUACGUAUCCUGCCGAGUCACCAUUGGACCAAUGGCGGAGAAUUUGUUAGGCCAAUGGGUACUGGUUGAGCAAAGCACCGGGUCGCAGCGAAGACAACCUGUCAUCAUUCAAUGGGCCCACCCAGCCGAUCCCGAGAGGGAUGCAAGACAACUGAUUAUUGCCCCCGAGUUAAUACUACCUACUGACCUUGAAGGUAUAGUAGAAGUAGGGGUCGGGCGAGAGAUGGGUACCUUUGAAGGUUGUUUCCUGACCAUACCAGACGGGACCGUGAUCCCGGUGAUGUACAACACCUUCUACCCUGGAAUUAGGCUUGGUCAACCUAACAGGAUUAUUAGUUGUCCCAUUGAGAUCGGCCCAGUGACUGCUGGCAUGGUUGGUCGGUAUACGUUGUCAGGAAUGGGUCACCAUGUCGGAAUCAGAUCGGAGACGCAACAGAGUUUUACUAUCAUCGAAGAUGAUGGAAUUACGAACCUGCCACCACUUCAAGUACAGACGCAUAUAGGAGACAAUGUAGAUAUAAAUCUGGAACAAACUGGCAGUAUCGGUAUCGGAACUUGCAUGCUCAGGAACCCAGGUGGACAGGUCUUUGUGCUAGACUCCACGUUCAGCAACCCUGGAAUCACAGUGCACAGCAGCAGCAAGUUUGUGGCCUGCAGAGUAACCAUCGGGCCGAUGAGUGACGAGCUGUUGGGCGAUUGGACUUUGAUGCACCAAGUCGCUGGGCAAAGAGAGAGACGUGUUCAUGCUAGUGUAUUUUGGGCAAAUCCAUUGGACCCAUCAUGGUCUUAUCAGAUUAUAACAGCACCAGAACAAAAUGUGAUCGGGGCAUUCGGUGACAUCAUUACAGUCACCGUACCUCGGCAGGAGGAUGCAGGUAUGGCAAUAAGCUGCGUCAUCAUAGCUCCCGAUGGAACUGUUAUGCCUCACUCCGAAGGCCACAAUUACCCUGGAGUCGAAUGGGCUAGAGCCAACAGUAUUGCCUCUUGCACCGCUCGUCUUGGACCACUCGAUGACAGCAUGCUUGGCAGAUGGACCUUGGCGUCGAGAUUCGAUGAUGAUGGAUCACUUUUGGAGUCACAACAGUCUAUUACAUUAGGACGUAACACUGGAAAUGAACUGGAGCUACCAGCGCUCGAGUAUUUGACCAAUGUUGAUGCGUUAGUUGACCUAAGUCUUAAUAAUAUGAAUAGUCCAGUCCAAAGCUGCGCUCUCUUGACGCCUGAUGGGGAAUAUCACGAGCUUGCUGCAAAUUCAAUUAUAACUGGAGUUACAGUUCACGGGCCGAAUAAAUUUGUAUCGUGCAGAGUAACCAUCGGACCUAUGACUGAGCAACUGUUAGGCACAUGGACGCUAGUCGAGAAUGAUGCGGAUGGUGGACACAGAAGGCAAGCUGCUUUGUUUUCAUGGGCAAAUCCGUCAAAUCCCAAUGCCGCGCCAAGAUUAAUGAUCGCAUCCCAAUUGGAACUAAGAGCAGAUACCGGUGAAAUUCGUAAUGUGUUCGUAUCAAGAGAAGAUGGGUUUUUCGAGGGUUGUUUCAUCACCACCCCCGAUGGUAGUGUCUUACCACUGUUUCCUCACAUGGAGUACCCUGGCAUCGCCCACGCCGGUAUUAACAGAUUAACAGCUUGCUUCGUCGACUUGGGACCAAUGGACGCCGAUAUGGUUGGGACAUGGACCAUUGCCGCCAGAUUCAAUAAUGCUGGUAGCAGAGUUGAGUCGCAGUUACCUAUUAACAUCGUUCUAGUCGAUGGCACGCAUAUACUUCUACCUAUCCACGAAUUGACGUACUUCGGUGGUUACGUGGACUUAAACUUGAAUCAAACUGGCGCUACCGGAGGUUGCAGUUUGAUUACUCCUGACGGUCAAGAGCACAUCUUAGGCACCACAUCGAAUAUACCAGGAGUUGCUAUACAACCAGCGAGUAAAUUCGUCGCAUGUAGAGUUGUUAUUGGACCAAUGACCGAAUCUCUUUUGGGCGAUUGGGUUAUUACGCAUUUGGGAUCGGAUGACACUGAAAGACAUCAAAAUAUGACGAUUGCUUGGGAAAACCCCGCGGACCCGUCGGCGCAACGGCAAGUAACAACUCAAGCUCAACAAUCAUACAGCGUUCGACCCAGCACCAUUAUAUCCACUUCAAUCGCACGUGAAAAUGGCCUAUUCGAGGGCUGUUUCCUUACCACUCCGGAUGGCACAGUCCUGCCCGUUCUGGAGACCAAUGCUUACCCUGGCACUAUCUGGGCAGGGGCCAACAGAGUUACUGCCUGUUUCGUCCAAAUAGGACCGGUUGAUCCCGAGGAGGAAGGCACCUGGGUUCUAACCGCCAAAACUAACAAUUAUGGAGUCCGGACGGAAUUACGGAUACCUAUCCAAGUAACACUUAUACAUGACCAGAACCUUCUCACGGAUAAUCUCCCAAGACGUGAAAUCUUCACUUACACCGGAGGAUUCGUAGACAUUGCUCUCAACGAAACUGGAAAUGUGGCUGGCUCCUGCAGCCUGAGGAAUCCCGCGGGUCAAACCUUCCUCCUUCAGAACACCGUGAUGGUAUCGGGAGUUCAAGUGCGUGAAAGCAAUCAAUUUGUGUCGUGCAACGUUAGAAUCGGACCGGUGUCCCAAGAGCUGCUCGGCACGUGGACUCUUAUUCAACAGGACUCCUUGACAACGGAAAGAACACAACCUGUUCAAAUAUCUUGGGCCCAUCCAGCAAGUCCACAAGAUCCGCCGACGUUAAUAAGGCGAGCUGUAGACGAAAUCGUCGUGGAAGAAAACGACGUUUUCACCUUAGCAGCACCUAGAAACUACAACGACAGCUUUUCUGAGGGCUGCUAUAUCAUCACUCCUGACUUCACAACUCUGCCAAUCUUCGGCGACAACAGAUACCCUGGUAUUCAGAACGCUGAAGCCAACCGUCACACCGUAUGUUUUGUGGACGUUGGUCCUAUUACUGCUGAAAUGGCGGGAUCUUGGACACUCUUUUCGGUUGUCAAUAGAGCUGGGGAGAGGAUAAUUUCAGAGAACCCUGCUCAUAUAACUAUUAGCGACGGAGUCGUAAGAUUGCCAACUCUUCAACACGUCGCACAUGAGGGUCACUUUAUCGACCUGGCUUUAAAUCAAACGGGUCAGACAGGGAACUGUCUCCUCAGGUUUCCAUCUGGUCACGAGUACACCUUGACUACAGCAGGAAGCCUGGACGGCAUCACAGCACACGAACAGAGCAAAUUCGUGUCCUGUCGGGUGGUGAUAGGGCCGAUUACUGAGACGCUAAUCGGUGAUUGGGUUUUGAUACAACAGUUCACCGAUCCUCAUUUGAGGGAACAGCCAGCUACAAUUUCUUGGGCCAAUCCCGAUGAUACAACGGCGGAAGUGUGGGAUAUCAGAACAGAACCCGACCGAGACAUUUACGGAGACUACGGAGCCUCUGUCCAGAUCUCCAUCCCACGGCAGAACCUUGACUAUCUCUUCGAAGGCUGUUUCAUCACGACGCCUGACGGAACUACCCUUCCUAUUUUCUCCACCCAUGCGUACCCCGGAAUCGCGCACUUAGGAGUGAACCGAGUGACAGCUUGCUUUGUGGAGCUCGGGCCUAUAGACAGCGACAUGGCAGGGACCUGGGUCCUGGCAGCCAGGUUUAAUGACAAUGGAGUCCGCCACGAGGACCGCCAGCCGUUCAUCCUUGCUAUUGGACCUCCUCCAGCCACCUUCAACGCGACAGCCCUCAUUGUCAGCCUGACGGUGAUCUUCGGCCUCGUCCUUAUCGUGGUGGGAGUCUUAAGCUACAAGCCAGCGAGGGACUGGAGCUCGGGCACGUGGAACCAAUCGCGGUCCUGGAGUACGCAGAGAUGGAACCGACUUCGGUCUAGCAUGCGCAGUGUUUCUAGUAGGAGUCCUGUCGUUGAUCAUGAGUUAGGGUCGAGGAGCUAGUUGUAUUUGUUUUAAAUUUUGUUAUAAAAUUUGACAUACUUA